CGGGCGGGCGAGCGAGCGGAGCAGCCGGCGUGUCUGGGCCGCCUCGCAGGGAGGGGAGGGGGGCGGCCGGCCGCCCGGAGGCGACCCCGGGCCCCGGCCGCCACCAUGGGCUUCGAGCUGGACCGGUUCGAUGGCGACGUGGACCCGGACCUCAAGUGCGCGCUGUGCCACAAGGUCCUGGAGGACCCGCUGACCACCCCGUGCGGCCACGUCUUCUGUGCGGGCUGCGUGCUGCCCUGGGUGGUGCAGGAGGGCAGCUGCCCCGCGCGCUGCCGCGGUCGCCUGUCGGCCAAGGAGCUCAACCACGUCCUGCCCCUCAAGCGCCUGAUCCUCAAGCUGGAUAUCAAGUGCGCGCACGCGGCGCGCGGCUGCGGCCGGGUGGUCAAGCUGCAGGAGCUGCCCGAGCACCUGGAGCGCUGCGACUUCGCGCCCGCGCGCUGCCGCCACGCGGGCUGCGGCCAGGUGCUGCUGCGGCGCGACGUGGAGGCGCACAUGCGCGACGCGUGCGACGCGCGGCCCGUGGGCCGCUGCCAGGAGGGCUGCGGGCUGCCGCUGACGCACGGCGAGCAGCGCGCGGGCGGCCACUGCUGCGCGCGGGCGUUGCGGGCGCACAACGGCGCGCUGCAGGCCCGCCUGGGCGCGCUGCACAAGGCGCUCAAGAAGGAGGCGCUGCGGGCCGGCAAGCGGGAGAAGUCGCUGGUGGCGCAGCUGGCCGCCGCGCAGCUCGAACUGCAGAUGACCGCGCUGCGCUACCAGAAGAAGUUCACCGAGUACAGCGCGCGCCUCGACUCGCUCAGCCGAUGCGUGGCCGCGCCGUCGGGGGGCAAGGGUGAAGAAACCAAAAGCCUAACUCUUGUCCUGCAUCGAGAUUCUGGCUCCCUUGGAUUCAAUAUUAUUGGUGGCCGGCCUUGUACGGACAAUCAAGAUGGAUCAUCCGGUGAAGGAAUCUUUGUAUCCAAAAUAGUUGACAGUGGGCCGGCAGCUAAGGAAGGAGGCCUGCAGAUUCAUGACAGGAUUAUUGAGGUGAACGGCAAAGAUUUAUCCAGAGCAACUCAUGACCAGGCGGUGGAAGCUUUCAAGACAGCCAAGGAGCCCAUUGUGGUACAGGUACUGAGGAGGACGCCUCGGACCAAAAUGUACACCCCAACUGCAGAGUCGCAGCUGGUGGACACAGGCACCCAAACUGACAUCACCUUUGAACACAUCAUGGCGCUGAGUAAGAUGUCUUCCCCCAGUCCACCGGUGCUGGACCCCUACCUGCUACCAGAGGAGCACUCCUCAGCCCACGAGUACUACGAUCCAAAUGAUUACAUGGGGGACAUGCAUCAGGAGAUGGACAGAGAAGAGCUGGAGCUAGAGGAAGUAGACCUCUACAGAAUGAACAGCCAGGACAAGCUGGGCCUCACCGUGUGCUACAGGACAGACGACGAAGACGACAUUGGCAUUUAUAUAAGUGAGAUUGACCCUAACAGCAUCGCAGCCAAGGAUGGGCGCAUUCGAGAAGGAGAUCGCAUCAUCCAGAUUAAUGGAAUAGAGGUGCAGAACCGUGAAGAGGCUGUGGCCCUUCUGACCAGUGAAGAAAAUAAGAACUUUUCAUUGCUGAUUGCAAGGCCUGAACUCCAGCUGGACGAGGGAUGGAUGGAUGACGACAGGAAUGACUUUCUGGAUGAGCUGCACAUGGACAUGCUUGAGGAACAGCACCACCAGGCAAUGCAGUUCACAUCCAGCGUGUUCCAGCAGAAGAAGCACGAGGAAGACGGAGGGACCACAGACACGGCCACCAUCAUGUCCAACCAGCACGAGAAGGACAGCGGCGUGGGGAGGACGGACGAGAGCACCCGCAACGACGAGAGCUCGGAGCAGGAGAACAACGGCGACGACGCCAUGGCCGCCUCCUCCAACCCGCUGGCGGGCCAGAGGAAGCUCACCUGCAGCCAGGACACCCUGGGCAGCGGCGACCUGCCCUUCAGCAACGAGUCCUUCAUCUCGGCCGACUGCACCGACGUGGAUUACCUGGGCAUCCCCGUGGACGAGUGCGAGCGCUUCCGCGAGCUGCUGGAGCUCAAGUGCCAGGUGAAGAGCGCCAGCCCCUACAGCCUCUACUACCCCGGCAGCCCCCUGGAGGCGGGCAAGGGCGACCCCGACAGCGUGGACAAGGAGCUGGAGCUGCUCAACGAGGAGCUGCGCAGCAUCGAGCUGGAGUGCCUGAGCAUCGUGCGCGCGCACAAGAUGCAGCAGCUCAAGGAGCCGUGCGCGCGCGAGCCGUGGAUGCUGCACCACAGCGCCUUCCGCAACUACAACACCAGCAUCGACGUGCGCCGCCACGAGCUCUCCGACAUCACCGAGCUGCCCGAGAAGUCGGACAAGGAUAGCUCGAGCGCCUACAACACCGGGGAGAGUUGCCGCAGCACGCCGCUCACCCUGGAGACCUCCCCGGACAACUCGCUCCGCAGAGCCGUCCAGGGAGGGCCGGAAGCCUACGGCCCAUCCCCCAAAAACCUGCUGGCCAUCACCGAGGAUCCCGAGACCACCACCCCGAGUUAUAACCACCCGGCGGCGGCAGCCCAAGAGCUGGACCCCAGCCAGUCUCCGGAGAGCAAGGAUCACCGCGCCGGGGGUGGCGGCGAUGGCGGCGGUGGCGGCGGGGGCGGGGGCGUCAGGAGCCCCAGCGCCAGCCCCCCGAAGCUGGGCGGCGCCUACCUGUCCCCGUACCCCCACUCCCCGUACAAGCACGCGCACAUCCCGGCGCACGCGCAGCACUACCAGAGCUACAUGCAGCUCAUCCAGCAGAAGUCGGCCGUGGAGUACGCGCAGAGCCAGAUGAGCCUGGUGAGCAUGUGCAAGGACCUGAACUCGUCCCCGUCGUCGUCGGAGCCCCGCAUGGAGUGGAAGGUGAAGGUCCGCAGCGACGGCACGCGCUACAUCACCAAGAGGCCCGUGCGCGACCGGCUGCUGCGCGAGCGCGCGCUGCGCAUCCGCGAGGAGCGCAGCGGCAUGACCACCGACGACGACGCGGUGAGCGAGAUGAAGAUGGGGCGCUACUGGAGCAAGGAGGAGCGCAAGCAGCACCUGGUGAAGGCCAAGGAGCAGCGGCGCAGGCGCGAGUUCAUGAUGCAGAGCCGGCUGGAUUGUCUGAAGGAGCAGCAGCAGCAGCAGCAGCAGCCAGGGGCGGACGACAGGAAGGAGGUGAACAUCCUGGAACUGAGCCACAAGAAGAUGAUGAAGAAGAGGAACAAGAAGAUCUUUGAUAACUGGAUGACCAUCCAGGAACUCCUAACGCACGGCACCAAGUCCCCAGACGGCACCAGAGUGUACAAUUCUUUCCUGUCGGUGACUACUGUAUAACUCUUCUCUCACGUUGCAGGGUGUACAUAAAAGAGACCAGCUCCCGUUGGGGUAGAUGAGAUUUCCUGCCUCGUUCAAUGCGGCAAGAUUUUGUUUUUGGGGAGGGGGGGGAGGUUCGUAUUUUUGUUGCUGUUGUUGUUGUUUUGUUUUGUUUGUUUGUUGUACAUAAGAUGAACGCAGUCGUUGUGUGGAUAGGUCAGCUCUGCCACCCCCCCUACAGCUUCGGGUGUCUGUCUGAAGUGAAGGUUAAAAAUAAUUAAUAAUAAUAAUUAAUAAUAAUACACCCUUACUGUCUUAGAAGGCAAUAUUAACAAACAGCUUUUUUCAAAUAGCAAUUGUACUUUUUUACUUGUUACCUUUUGCAUAAAGUGUUUAAAUUUCAAAAAAAAGAUUUUAUUAAGCAUACUUUCACAGAAUAAUUUGUUUAAACUAUAUUCUUAUUGAAAAAAGAAGUUACACAUGCUUUUUUUGUUCCUGCCUAAAACACAAAAACAACUUCCAGUAUGUAUUUUUAAUGGAACCCUAUUUUAUAAUGUUGCUUUGUGAACUGUCUAGCAUACUUGUGGCCAUUAAUAUAUUAAGUGGGUCGAAGUUUCAACUCAAAACCACCAAACCCUGUGUUUAACAAUUUAAUGCACAUAACCAGACCAGCAGUGUUUUCGAGUUGGAGUAUACCUUUUAACAUUUUCUUUUCUGGCUCCGGUUUCCAAGAAAGUGUCGCAGUUUUGACAGAAAGCAAAAUUUCAUGCCAGCUUUACGGAAGUUCAAAGCAUGUUUGCAAAUAUUGCAACCUGUUGGGAGAAUUUGCAUGUACAGGAAAGUUGUCCGGUGGAGACUGUUUGUGGAGUUUUAAGUGUUCAUUGUAGUAAACCUUUGCUUUGUAGAUUCAAAGAGAACAGACUUAUCCAAGCAAGUUUCAUGAAACCAUUAGUUACAAACAUUAAGUCAAAAUGAAGUCAAAAUAAAUUAUUAUUUUCUAUUUGA